AUGAGUGUGGUGUUUCCAUUGCUUUCACCUCCAUUACUUUCUGAAAAACACGGAGAUACAAUCAUAUCCUGUCAGGGAAUCUUCAACCCUGCAGCUGUCCUCAACAUAACAGCUAGGAUCAAAAACUACAUGAUGGGGAGGGAGGUCUGGUCCCAGCCUCAUACCGUAUUUCUUUAUGAUGCAGUCAAACCCUUUCAGCCUGUAUUAACUGUACUUGGCUCCACUGAGGACUCUAUUGUUGUGUCUUGGAGAAGCAAUGUUGGUGACGGCAGUUGUCGGCUUCGCUACAGAGACAACAACACUCACACAUGGACCCAGGCACCAGAUUACGUCCCUGCACAUCAAUAUCAGACACUGACCUACACGAUCACAGACCUCCUGACGUUUACGGUCUACAGAGCUGCUGUUGCCUGCAGAGAGGACUCCGGCAUCUGGACCGACUGGAGUUCUGACGUCAGCACGAGGACGCUGGACAGAGUGCCCUCCAGGCCUCCAGAGGUGUGUUACAGAGAGGAGACAACAGACUCUGGUGGAUCUUUUCUCCUUCAUCUCAUGUGGAAGGACCUUGACCUCCGUGAUGCCGGAGGUCGUAUCCUUGGAUACCAGGUGAGCUACAAGCCAGUGAAGAAGCAGCAGCUCCAGGACAGAAUAAUUCAAAAUGUCACAGACGUGACGGCGCUCCUGGUGGUGGAAGAGGGGAACUGCAGUGUCACAGUUACUGCCUUCAAUACGGCCGGCUGUGGACCUGCUGCACAUCUCCGCAUUGACACACAAACACAGAACACUCUCCCGUCAGUCAGAAGCUUAUGGGUGUCCAGUUCUUUCCCGGCUAUGAAGGGCCUACUGGUCCAAUGGGAGAGCCCCACAGCCUCGCCCUCUGUCCCGCCUGUCAGUCAUUUUGCUGUUCAGGGGCGCGCCGAGACUCGUCCAUCCACCAGCCGCUGGACCACAGUGGACUACAACACCACCUCCACUGUCAUACGAGAUGUUGACCCUGAUGAGUCCUACCUGAUCAGUGUGUUCCCCAUCUACCCCCAUCAGCAGUGUGGAUCUCCUCAGUUGCUGCCUGCCAAUCUGCAGCAAGGAGCACUGAUGGAGCCGGUCCAACUGAAGGUGGGGGUCGUGACCAAAACCACAGUGACAGUGGUGUGGGUGUGGCAAAGGAAGGCUGGACCAAUCAGAGUGAACAGAUACAGAGUCAUGCUGACAAAAGAAUCGGAGAGCAAAACACUGUCUUUGUGGCCGGACCAAUGGCAGCUCACCUUCAACAACCUGAAACCCAACACUGAGUAUUCUCUUCUCCUGUUGGCUGAUGAUGUUUCAAGAAACAUCAUCCCUGUGAGGACAGACUUUGAUGAGAUGCCAGCGGUGGCUACAGCGACUCCUCUGCUGCUGCUGGCUGUCACUGUGCUCAUCAUCUCCAUCCUGUCCAGGACUGUAAAACUGCAGUGAUAAACCUCCUGGAUAUUGAGGACUUCCAGGUGACGGACGUACUCGGAGAGAAGAGUCUCAUCACGGUCUGUCUGAACUCCCAGCCCUCCUCAGAAGAGGACCUACAUGAAGACACCUCUCUGCUGUUGAUCAGCCGCCUCAUCAUCAAACCGUCAGCCCUAGAACUGGACCCAGAGUAUAUUUCUGAUGCUUCAGUGAUCACAGAGCACCCACUGGUUUCUCUCCAGUCCUACCAUGCUGACACAGUGAGCUGCCGACAUCCUGACACAGUUUUCCCAUCUGAGGAGAGCAGUGAGGCCGACGCUGCUAUGCUGCAUCAGACACGUGAAGCCAACAGCUGCUUUCCUCAGAAAGACGAAGAGAGUGACUUUUCUGAGAGGUACAUCAGAAGGAGAAGGAAACUGCACUGAAAUGUCAUUUUCGUGAAUUAAUGCCAAACAGUCACUGUGCUUAUCAGACAACCUUUGAAGCAGAGUAUGUUUCUUCUUUUCUGGGUAAAACGGAUGUGUAAACAGUGAGUGGACACUGGUCUUAUCUGAUCUGUGAGACUGAUUAUGGACAGCGUACUUCAGUGCAACAUGCCAGGUUAAACACAGGUGGAAAAGUAAGAGUAAAUGGUUACAGACAUGCUGGU